AUGGAGCACGCUGAUAACGAAUUGAAAUUUUGGAGGAAAUUACGUGCUCAAGAUCAUCCACUAUUCCAACGGUAUAGGGAAUACCUGGAGUCGAUUAUGAUAAUACCUGUGGACGGAGGAUCAAGCAUGGAGAUUGAGAAUAAGGGACGUGCAACAUACGUGUCUUAUUUGUGCCGCUUCAUGUUAGUUGCGAUGCGAUCAAGACGAAGACUUGGUCGAAUCGUCACGAUGGACGAUGCGAUCUUUUCGUCCGGUAUGGGACAGCAACGUUUGGCUGAAGUGGAGCAGGCGAGAUAUCGUGUGAAAGAUAUUUUGGAUAGGAUGAAAGGAGAGGAAAAAAUCCAAGUUUCUUUUCGUGGAGUGUUGCCAAGAAGACAACGAAAAGCAGAGACGUUGUACUGUGUAGUUCGCAUGAUCGUAACUCACAACCGAGUGCUCAAUGCGAUGAGGGAGAUAUACAGCGAAUUCGCCGACACUCAUAACCUAGAGCGAAGAGAAUACAACUAUUUUAUGGGAGCUCUUAUGGCGUACAUUGUGCACUGCAAUACUGCGAGGAACGAGUGCAUCUACAAGAUGAUGUACGGCUCUAUAUAUCCUCCGUCCGACCGUGAGCCGUCAGAAACUGGGCUUCAGAAGAAAUCGAUAACGAGAAGAGAUGGUGUAAUGGAAGAUUAUUGGGUUGGCGUGUACGGGAAAGGAAAGACAGCGGAAAGAAUACGCGAAGAAAGCACCUAUCGAGGGAAUUUUUUCGUCAUCGAUGAGGUGUCGCGGUUGUUGGUUGAAAUGUACACCAGAAUGCGUGAAUGGUAUUCAAGACAUCAGACAGCCAGGUUGCAAUACGAACGAUACUUGGAGAAAUCGUAUCGAAAUCAACAAAUGCCAGGUGUAGAUACGGAAUGUGCUAUUCUAGCAGGUCACAAACCGUUAACUCAACUACUGAACUAUAACGAUAGCUACAUCUCUGCCUGUGCGAUAGCUUACAGUCGCCUAAAGAAGUAUGCGGAUCGUGAAGCAAGGAAAAAUGCGGAUAUCAUCGAAAGAGUGAGGUCAAUGGUGAAGAUCGUGAACUUGAAGGAAGAGUUGACGCGUGAACAGGAAGAAGCUGAAAUAGGCGAGGAUCUAGAAACACCUGAAAGUGUGGCGGCGGCAACGGCAGCAGCAGCAACAGACGACGGCGAAACAACGUCACUGUCUUCAGCCGAGGGAAGUGAUUAUGAAGCAACAGCUGUAUCUGCAAGAGAACACACUCGCAGCACAUCACCACAAUUGUUGAGAAGAUCUGCGCGACAACAGAAGCGAAUGCGAAAAGAUCCAUACACGUUUGAAGUUGAAACGGAAGGAGUAGGAGAAGCAGGAGCACUUGAGAGAAGCAGCUCUUCAUCCACUGCUUCCUCUUCACCAUUGGUGCGACGAAGAAAAUAUCCACCAGUGAAAGGGGAAAGUAGUAGCAGCGCGCAGCUAUCCGCCGGCGGUGAUUACAGGAUCGAUGAGGAACCAGUAUCAAUGCUUGUGGAUCCAGACGAACUGGCGUUCGAAAGUGUGGAGCCCAGUGCAGCCGAGCUCGGCGAGGACGCAGCUCGACGAGAUCAGUUAAGAAAGACGUGUAGGAGGACGGACACCGAGUUUGUUGCAGAGAAGCCGGUUAAACGUAUAGUAAUCGACGACGAAGACGACGAGGAGGACGACGACGAUGAGAAAGAGGAGUAUGAAACCGGGACUGAUAGCCAAGUCACUGACGAUCGUCGAACAUUUGCUUCGCCUUCCUCACUGCUGCCAUCACCACCCGAAGUCGGACCUGUGAAAUCCGACGAUGGUGGCGACGGCAGCGGCAGCAAUGGCGGUGAUGACAGUGGUGAUAGCAACAACUCGACAUCCGAUAGACUUGUAAUUGUCGAUGAGCCAGCAAAAGGAACAGCGCCACCAACAUCAUCAACGCCACAAUCAUUAGCCAUAACAGCAGCGGCGGCGAACUCACAACUCACUGAGUCCACACAACGGCAAGAAAUGGUAGACGUUGUUACCGUGCGGUUGCAGCAAUUAAACGCUACUGAAUACACGGGCGGUCUAACGUCGUUCUCAACGGAUUUCGAACGAAGGGAUUUCUUGCGACGAAGGCAGCAAGUACCAAUACAGGCUCGUUUAUUCACUAACGUAUUUCUCGCUGUGCAACAGAAGCAGAGUCGUCGUGUUUAG